AUGCCGAUUGAUAUCCAAAUUCAAGAACUCGAUACCACCGGCUACAAUACAGCAAAUUAUAGAUAUGACGCCUAUACCGGUGGAUUUGAGCUAUCCACCCCAGCACACACUGUGAAUAAUGGCAAAUGUCAAGUCUACCGAUACUUGAGCCCCUUUCUUCCCGCUGGCUAUCCUUCCAGUGUGACCGAUGAUUACACACCUUAUCAAAUAUACGAUUCAUUACAAGCAUUUGCUUCUACAAUUGCUGGCCUUCUGGCCUCUCGCGCUGUCUUCGUUGGUAUGGGGGUUGGCUCUGAGGAUGCUUCUGUUAUUACCACGAUGUUAUUGUACAUUGCGCAGGCAACCAUCGGGCGGAUCGCAACCAUAGCCUUUGCCGACCGUUUUUCACAGCAAAUCGAGGCGAACGUCAAGUUCUAUCGUUUCUUUGCAGACAUUGUUAAUGAUGCAGCAUUUGUUCUAGAUUGCAUCAGCCCACACUUGCCAAUCCUUGGGCGAGCAAUUACGUUAUGCGUGAGCAACGCAUGUCGUGCUCUAUGUGGGGUCGCUGGCGGAAGUAGCAAGGCUAUCUUGAGCACACACUUUGCAAAGGCAGGCAACAUUGGUGAGCUUAAUGCUAAGGACGGCAGUCAAGAAACAGUGGUGAGCUUGAUUGGGAUGUGGGUGGGUGGCCUGGUUGUUAGUAAAGUGGAAGGGAUUGCAGAAACCUGGUGCUGCAUGAUACCGCUUCUGGCGUUGCAUCUGUGGUGCAACUGGAAGGCGGUCAAAAGUGUGAGGCUUUCCACUCUGAAUACUGAGAGAGCGGUCAUAUUAUUCGACGGAGUACUUCAGGGACAGACAAAGAGUUUAGACGAGGUAGGAAAACAGGAAGGAAUCCUAGGGAAAGGUGACAUGCUGCGAACAGCCGAGGGCCGACUAUUGUCAUCUUGCAAAGUCGGUGCGUCUGUGGACGAGUUGCUUCGCAUCAUGCGUCUCAAAGAGCUUGGUGUUCCUGGCAGACCCGAGACUGCCGGCGAGAGGCUAGCACGCCUAUUGGAAGUAUUCCACGAAGAGGAAUACUUAUUAUGGGCUGAUAUAACAACCGGGCAAGCAGUCAUCAUUUUGAAAGAAGACGCGUCUGUUGUGACUCAAGCGAAAGGAUUUCUGCAUUUGAUGCGCCUCGCAAAUUCUCACUCACCUCUACAAAAAGACAAGACAAAAAGGAUGGAGGAUCCUCAAAAAUCCAUCAUGAUGCCCCAGCAGGACGAUGAGAUCUUGAAAUAUCUCGAACAAACACUUCAUGAGAACAGUACCCUCUGGCCGGCAAUCAAAGAUCGCGUCCAGGCUGCGGGUUGGGAACUAGAAAAGGGGACCUUAGAACAAGGACCGUCAUACCGGGUCCGCAUGUGCAACGGACCCGACAGCAAAAAGGACAAGUGA